AUGUCUGAGGGAAACAACAAAGAAGAGGUCAUUCACUUGAAGAAUGUUCACUGCCAUGGGAGAAAGGAAUGCAUGAGUGUCAGAGAUGGUCCCAUCACCAUAUCUGACUCCUCUGAUGAAGAAGGGAUUCCAGUCCUGCUGUCUCAUGCUGCUGAGCAACAUGAAGAUGACUACGUGGAUGAUGAUGUCAAACUGACUGAAAACCAUCAACCUCACACAUACCGAUCCAAUAUCAUCAAACCAGCGGUCCAGAGGCAAGAUAUGGACAGAUGGGGAGAAGAAAGGACCAGAAAGUCUAGUGGAAACUGUGAAGCAGAUCCCAACAGCUGUUACUACUAUUGUAACAAAUCAUUGCUUGGUUCUGGGGCACAGGAUGCUUGUGAGGAUGAAUAUCAUGGAUUUCUGAAUAUUGAUAGUGGCAAAAAAGAAGCCAUACCUGGACCAAGCAUUAAGCAGACAGCAAACAACACAGUCAACCCCAAAUUGGAUCAGAAAGAUGUUAGAUUGGGAGAAAAUAUCCUUCUUUUCCCAGAAAGUGAGUCUCUGGAAGUUGAGAACCAAUUGCCUGAAGAAUCAGAGACAAAUCUCUUAUCAAAUCCUGGAGAGACAGCUACUUCAGUUGAUGACCAGGUAAGUGAAGGAGACAACUUGCUUGACCACACAUCCUUCCAGGAUCUAAAGCCACAGCCUCAGGAAAGAACAAAUCAAGUUAUACCCCAAGAGACUCAUUCUGAAGCAGAAAUGGGCAAAAUGGUCUUGUGCCAUGAUGUCCCAAAGCCACAGCCACAGCAAGAAGGGAUUCCCAGUCCUGCUUCUCCUCAGCCAGCCCAUCCUCUGGGAGAACUUGAAGAUCAGCACUUAAUACUUGAUGAAGACCCUGCACCAGCUUUCCCCCUGCCAGGAACCCAGGAGGACAAUUUGAAAAGCACGUGGGGACAAGAAGCUGGUGAAAUAGAUCAUGAACUUGUUACAUUAUUACUGGAAGGAACAGAUGUAGCAAAUGCAUACGUUAAAGACAUCAUUCAUUUGAAGAAUUGCCAUGAUUGGAAUGUACUUCGUAAUUUUCUUAGGGAAAACCAACAGUAUCCAAAGAUAAAAGACCUAGUUAUUACCCAACCCAGUAGCAGCCUGCUUGCCACUCAGGGUGAUGUGAAGGUACCUAAAGUAGACUUUUUUGACUAUUCCAAACUGACUCCACUUGACAAGCCAUGCUUCCUCCAAGCUGCUGACCUCUUGAUGGCUGAAUUCAAGAUGCUCAGCAAUCAAGACAUCAAGUGGGCCCUCCAUGAGCUCAAAGGACACUAUGCAAUCACUCGAAAGGCCCUUUCUGAUGCUAUUGAAAAAUGGCAAAAGGAAUCAUCUGAACCCAGUGGAAAACAGAAAAAGAAGAAAGGAAUGAAUCAGUCUUUCAUAGAUUUCAAAUUUGAACAGGGCAACAUAAAAAUAGAAAGGAGGAUGUUCAUUUUGGAAAACAAGCGUCGACACUGUAGAUUCUAUGACCAGAAAGACCUCCUUCCAGCUGUGCAGCAAGAGCAGGAAUUCUAUGAGCAGAAAAUGAAAGAGAAGGCAGAGCGUGAAGACUGUUUGCUUGCCCUGCAGACGAAUACAGACCAGUAUGAAAAUUAUGGACAGCUGACUGAGUGUGUAUGCUGCUAUGGGGAGCUUGAAUUUGUGGAGAUGACACAGUGGUCCGAUGGUUACUUGUUGUGCAAAGAAUGUCUCAUCAGAUUUGCCCAAGGGGCAGAGUUGGUGUCUGGAAAGUCAGAACUCAGCUUCAUGGAACGCACCUGCACAUCUUUCUUCCCAACCAGUGAACUGGAGAAGGUGCUCCUCCCGAACAUCCUGUCCAACUACUAUGAAUGGAGAGCUGAAGAAGAAGUCACUGGAGCCUGUGCUGAUGAGCUCGUCAGGUGCCCCUCUUGUGGCUUCCCUGCUCUGUUGGACAAGGAUGUGAAGAGAUUCAGCUGCCCUAAUCCUCGCUGCCUGAAGGAGACCUGUAGGAAGUGUCAGGGACUCUGGAAAGAACAUUCUGGCCUCACCUGUGAAGAGCUGCCUGAAAAGGAUGACAUCAAGUACCGGACACCUAUUGAAGACAAAUUGGCUACUGCUCGCAUUAGAAAAUGCCCCCAGUGUGGCACCAGCCUCAUCAAAUCCGAAGGCUGCAAUCACAUGUCUUGCUGCUGUCGAGUUUCUAUGGAUGACCAUGACCAUUUCUGCCAGCAUCCCCUCUCUCCAGGAGCCUCCUGCCAGAAAUGUACCAUGUGCUCCCUCUGGACAGCCACUACUAAAGACGACGAAAAGCUGAUUAAGGAAAUUGAAAAGGAGGAUGAAGAGGAGCAGAGAAGGAAGAAGGGAGAAAACACAUUCAAAUGCAUCGGCCCUCCACUGGAGAAGACAGCCAAGAAAGUGGGAGCCCUGAGAGGCCUGCCCAACUUGGGUGUCAACUAUGACUUUGGAAACAUGCAUGAGCAAAUGGAUAGUGGUGAUGGUGAUGACAGUGAUGCUGAUCGUGGUGAUUAUUAUGAUGGACUUGAUGAUAUGUUUCUCUUUUGA